AUGUUUACUCCUGAGCAAUUUGCCGCAAAUUAUUAAAUCAAUUUCUCUAAGUUGAUAGGCAAAGGACAUGAUAGUACAGUAUUUUUGACUAUGAACAAAUCAACGAAACAACAAUUUGCAUUAAAAUGCUUGGCAUAAACCAAUGAGUAAAAUGCAAUUAAUUUAUUCGUAAUUAUAAUAUCAUAUUUUCAAGAGAACGAGAUCCAGAUACUUCGUCCCAUUCAACAUCCACACAUCAUCACUAUGAUUGGAUAUUGUUCAGACUGCUCUUGUAUGCUUCUUGAAUUAAUGUCCAAUGGCUCUCUUUAUAAAAUUUUACUCUAAGGUCCUUUACCUUUGGCUAUUGCUAAUGGAAUAAUACUCUAAAUUGCCUAAGCUCUGUAAUAUCUUCACGCAAAAGGAAUAACUCAUGGAGACAUCAAAUUAGAUAAUCUACUAAUUUCUGGGGAUUUCAUUGUAAAAUUAUGCGAUUUUGGAUUUGCUAAGAUUAAUGGACAAGCCCCAAUUCCAAAAACUACUGUUUCUGGAAGUGAAGGAUAUACAGCCCCUGAAAUUUGGCAUACCCCAAGCGAUUUGAGAAAAUGUGAUAUGUUUUCGUUGGGAGUAGUUUAUUUUAUUAUGGUGACUGGACACCCUCCAUUUGAAUCAAACAAUCCAUAAACAGAAGAUGCUUGGUGGAAACUCAUUUAGAAGGAGGAAUGGAAUAUCUUUUGGAAGGAAUUAAAAUUAACCAUAUUACCAGAAUAUGUUAGAACAAUUAUUUAAAAAUUACUCUGUGUAAAGUAUCAGAUGAGAUACUCAGCUGAUGAAUUAAUUUAACUAUUGGCAGAUAAGUCUGCCACCUCAGAUCAGAUAGUUGAUGAGAUUAAAAAAAGACUCAUUUAAUAAAAAUGA